AUGCUACCGCUUUCCAUCACCCCGCCCCAUUCUCCCUCUUUCCAUCACCCCGCCCCAUUCUCCCGCUUUCCAUCACCCCGCCCCAUUCUCCCUCUAUCCAUCACCCCGCCCAAUUCUCCCACUUUCCAUCACCCCGUCCCAUUCUCCCGUUUUCCAUCACCCCGCCUUAUUCUCCCGCUUUCCAUCACCCUGCCCCAUUCUCCCGAUUUCCAUCACCCCGCCCCAUUCUCCCGCUUUCCAUCACCUCGCCCCAUUCUCCCGCUUUCCAUCACCCCGCCCCAUUCUCCCGCUUUCCAACACCUCGCCCCAUUCUCCCGCUUUCCAUCACCCGCCCCAUUCUCACUCUUUCCAUCACCCCGCCCCAUUCUCCCUCUUUCCAUCACCCCGCCCCAUUCUCCCGCUUUCCAUCACCCCGCCCCAUUCUCCCGCUUUCCAUCACCUCGGCCCAUUCUCCUGCUUUCCAUCACCCCGUCCCAUUCUUCCUCUUUCCAUCACCCCGCCCCAUUCUCCCGCUUUCCAUCACCCCGCCCCAUUCUUCCUCUUUCCAUCUCCCCGCCCCAUUCUCCCUCUUUCCAUCACCCCGCCCCAUUCUCCCUCUUUCCAUCACCCCGCCCCAUUCUCCCUCUUUCCAUCACCCCGCCCCAUUCUCCCGAUUUCCGUCACCCCGCCCCAUUCUUCCUCUUUCCAUCACCCCGCCCCAUUCUUCCUCUUUCCAUCUCCCCGCCCCAUUCUCCCUCUUUCCAUCACCCCGCCCCAUUCUCUCUCUUUCCAUCACCCCGCCCCAUUCUCCCUCUUUCCAUCACCCCGCCCCAUUCUCCCGAUUUCCGUCACCCCGCCCCAUUCUCCCUCUUUCCAUCACCCCACCCCAUUCUCCCGAUUUCCGUCAUCCUGCCCCAUUCUCCCUCUUUCCAUCACCCCGCCCCAUUCUCCCUCUUUCCAUCACCCCAACACAUUCUCCCGCUUUCCAUCACCCCGCCCCAUUCUCCCGCUUUCCAUCACCCCGCCCCAUUCUUCCUCUUUCCAUCUCCCCGCCCCAUUCUCCCUCUUUCCGUCACCCCGCCCCAUUCUCCCUCUUUCCAUCACCCCGCCCCAUUCUCCCUCUUUCCAUCACCCCGCCCCAUUCUCCCGAUUUCCGUCACCCCGCCCCAUUCUCCCUCUUUCCAUCACCCCGCCCCAUUCUCCCUCUUUCCAUCACCCCGACCCAUUCUCCCGCUUUCCAUCACCCCGCCCCAUUCUCCCUCUUUCCAUCACCCCGCCCCAAUCUCCCGCCUUCCAUCACCCCGCCCCAUUCUCCCUUUUUCCAUCACCCCGCCCCAUUCUCACGCUUUCCAUCACCCCGCCAUAUUCUCCCUCUUUCCAUCACCCCGCCCCAUUCUCCCGCUUUCCAUCACCACGCCCCAUUCUCCCUCUAUCCAUCACCCCGCCCCAUUCUCCCACUUUCCAUCACCCCACCCCAUUCUCUCGCUUUCCAUCACCCCGCCUUAUUCUCCCGCUUUCCAUCACCCCGCCCCAUUCUCCCGAUUUCCAUCACCCCGCCCCAUUCUCCCGCUUUCCAUCACCUCGCCCCAUUCUCUCGCUUUCCAUCACCCCACCCCAUUCUCCCGCUUUCCGACACCCCGCCCCAUUCUCCCGCUUUCCAUCACCCCGCCCCAUUCUCACUCUUUCCAUCACCCUGCCCCAUUCUCCCUCUUUCGAUCACCCCGCCCCAUUCUUCCGCUUUCCAUCACCCCGCCCCAUUCUCCCUCUUUCCAUAACCCCGCCCCAUACUCCCGCUUUCCAUCACCCCGCCCCAUUGUCCCUCUUUCCAUCACCCCGCCCCAUUCUCCCGCUUUCCAUCACCCCGCCCCAAUCUCCCUCUUUCAAUCACCCCGCCCCAUUCUCCCGCUUUCCAUCACCCCGCCCCAUUCUCCCGCUUUCCAUCACCCCGCCCCAUUCUCCCUCUUUCCAUCACCCCGCCCCGUUCUCCCGCUUUCCAUCACCCCGCCCCAUUCUCCCGCUUUCCAUCACCCCGCCCCAUUCUCCCUCUUUCCUUCACCCCGCCCCGUUCUCCCGCUUUCCAUCACCCCGCCCCAUUCUCCCGCUUUCCAUCACCCCGCCCCAUUCUCCCGCUUUCCAUCACCCCGCCCCAUUCUUCCUCUUUCCAUCACCCCGCCCCAUUCUCCCGCUUUCCAUCACCCCGCCCCAUUCUCCCGCUUUCCAUCACCCCGCCCCAUUCUCCCGCUUUCCAUCACCCCCUUUCCAACACCCUGCCCCAUUCUCCCGCUUUCCAUCACCCCACCCCAUUCUCACUCUUUCCAUCACCCCUCCCCAUUUUCCCUCUUUCCAUCACCCCGCCCCAUUCUCCUGCUUUCUAUCACCCCGCCCCAUUCUCCCUCUUUCCAUCACCCCGCCCCAUUCUCCCGCCUUCCAUCACCCCGCCCCAUUCUCCAUCUUUCCAUCACCCUGCCCAAUUCUCCCCCUUUCCAUCACCCCGCCCCAUUCUCCAUCUUUCCAUCACCCUGCCCAAUUCUCCCCCUUUCCAUCACCCCGCCCCAUUCUCCCGCCUUCCAUCACCCCGCCCCAUUCUCCCUCUUUCCAUCACCCCGCCCCAUUCUCCCGCUUUCCAUCACCCCGCCCCAUUCUCCCUCUUUCCAUCACCCCGCCCCAUUCUCCCGCUUUCCAUCACCCCGCCCCAUUUUCCCGAUUUCCAUCACCCCGCCCCAUUCUCCCGCUUUCCAUCACCUUGCCCCAUUCUCCCGCUUUCCAUCACCCCGCCCCAUUCUCCUGCUUUCCAUCACCCCGCCCCAUUCUCCCGCUUUCCAUCACCCAGCCCCAUUCUCCCGCUUUCCAUCACCCCGCCCCAUUCUCCCGCUUUCCAUCACCCCGCCCCAUUCUCCCUCUUUCCAUCACCCCGCCCCAUUCUCCCGCAUUCCAUCACCCCGCCCCAUUUUCCCUCGUUCCAUCACCCCGCUCCAUUCUCCCGCUUUCUAUCACCCCGCCCAAUUCUCCCUCUUUCCAUCACCCCUCCCCAUUCUCCCUCUUUCCAUCACCCCGCCCCAUUCUCCCGCUUUCCAUCACCCCGCCCCAUUCUCCCUCUUUCCAUCACCCCGCCCCAUUCUCCCUCUUUCCAUCACCCCGCCCCAUUCUCCCGCUUUCCAUCACCCCGCCCCAUUCUCCCUCUUUAGAUCACCCCGCCCCAUUCUCCCGCUUUCCAUCACCCCGCCCCAUUCUCCCUCUUUCCAUCACCCCGCUCCAUUCUCCCGCUUUCCAUCACCCCGCCCAAUUCUCCCUCUUUCCAUCACCCCUCCUCAUUCUCCCUCUUUCCAUCACCCCGCCCCAUUCUCCCGCUUUCCACCACCCCGCUCCAUUCUCCCGCUUUCCAUCACCCCUGCCCCAUUCUCCCGCUUUCCAUCACCCCACCCCAUUCUCACUCUUUCCAUCACCCCUCCCCAUUCUCCCUCUUUCCAUCACCCCGCCCCAUUCUCCUGCUUUCUAUCACCCCGCCCCAUUCUCCCUCUUUCCAUCACCCCGCCCCAUUCUCCCGCCUUCCAUCACCCCGCCCCAUUCUCCAUCUUUCCAUCACCCUGCCCAAUUCUCCCCCUUUCCAUCACCCCGCCCCAUUCUCCCGCCUUCCAUCACCCCGCCCCAUUCUCCCUCUUUCCAUCACCCCGCCCCAUUCUCCCGCUUUCCAUCACCCCGCCCCAUUUUCCCGAUUUCCAUCACCCCGCCCCAUUCUCCCGCUUUCCAUCACCCCGCCCCAUUCUCCCGCUUUCCAUCACCCCGCCCCAUUCUCCCGCUUUCCAUCACCCCGCCCCAUUCUCCCGCUUUCCAUCACCCAGCCCCAUUCUCCCGCUUUCCAUCACCCAGCCCCAUUCUCCCGCUUUCCAUCACCCCGCCCCAUUCUCCCUCUUUCCAUCACCCCGCCCCAUUCUCCCGCAUUCCAUCACCCCGCCCCAUUUUCCCUCGUUCCAUCACCCCGCUCCAUUCUCCCGCUUUCCAUCGCCCCGCCCAAUUCUCCCGCUUUCCAUCACCCCUCCCCAUUCUUCCUCUUUCCAUCACCCCGCCCCAUUCUCCCGCUUUCCAUCACCCUGCCCCAUUCUCCCUCUUUCCAUCACCCCGCCCCAUUCUCCCGCAUUCCAUCACCCCGCCCCAUUUUCCCUCGUUCCAUCACCCCGCUCCAUUCUCCCGCUUUCCAUCACCCCGCCCAAUUCUCCCUCUUUCCAUCACCCCUCCCCAUUCUUCCUCUUUCCAUCACCCCGCCCCAUUCUCCCGCUUUCCAUCACCCCGCCCCAUUCUCCCGCCUUCCAUCACCCCGCCCCAUUCUCCCUCUUUCCAUCACCCCGCCCCAUCCUCCCGCUUUCCAUCACCCCGCCCCAUUUUCCCGAUUUCCAUCACCCCGCCCCAUUCUCCCGCUUUCCAUCACCCCGCCCCAUUCUCCUGCUUUCCAUCACCCCGCCCCAUUCUCCCGCUUUCCAUCACCCCGCCCCAUUCUCCCGCUUUCCAUCACCCAGCCCCAUUCUCCCGCUUUCCAUCACCCCGCCCCAUUCUCCCCCCCUUCCAUCACCCCGCCCCAUUCUCCCUCUUUCCAUCACCCCGCCCCAUUCUCCCGCAUUCCAUCACCCCGCCCCAUUUUCCCUCGUUCCAUCACCCCGCUCCAUUCUCCCGCUUUCCAUCACCCCGCCCAAUUCUCCCUCUUUCCAUCACCCCUCCCCAUUCUCCCUCUUUCCAUCACCCCGCCCCAUUCUCCCGCUUUCCAUCACCCCGCCCCAUUCUCCCUCUUUCCAUCACCCCGCCCCAUUCUCCCUCUUUCCAUCACCCCGCCCCAUUCUCCCGCUUUCCAUCACCCCGCCCCAUUCUCCCUCUUUCCAUCACCCCGCCCCAUUCUCCCGCUUUCCAUCACCCCGCCCCAUUCUCCCUCUUUCCAUCACCCCGCUCCAUUCUCCCGCUUUCCAUCACCCCGCCCAAUUCUCCCUCUUUCCAUCACCCCUCCUCAUUCUCCCUCUUUCCAUCACCCCGCCCCAUUCUCCCGCUUUCCACCACCCCGCUCCAUUCUCCCGCUUUCCAUCACCCUGCCCAAUUCUCCCGCUUUCCAUCACCCCGCCCCUAGAGAUAGGUGCCUCUAGAGAUUGGUACCCCUAA